AUAAUUGAUCGUAUUAUUAGUAAUCUUAUAACUAUACAAUAAGAUAUCGAUAGUCGAUUUGUUUAUCAUAUCGAUGAUUGGAUCGCACGCGCAGCCCACGAUAACAACCUGUCAGGUAGACAAGGCAAGACUGAAGACAGUUUACCUUCCCGUGAAAUGGCGUACGACAAUAGAAUCGUAUUUUAGUGUUUUCGAGACGGAUUUGUCGUGCAAACGGCUACUGCGCGAUGAUAUGACAUCAGUGUGCACGUACUCAGAUGAAUUACAAUGCGAUUAUCAUGUGGAUGUGUCGGGUGUGAGGAAGAGAAAGUGUCGCGUGAAACGUUUGGGCCUUCAAUGAUGUGGAUGAGGUCGUUUGCGCAAGCGACGGCGGAGCGCGGGCGGGCGCUCCCGGCGCAGGCGCGCCUGCUGCGUGCUGUCCCGCCGCCGCCGCUGCUGCUGGCGCUGCUACUCCUAGUGGGCGGCGCAUGGGGCGCGGACCUGGUGAUUGAGAUCCCGGGCUCCGGCGCUGGCGCGGCCGAUCCAGGCGGGGAGUACCGGCUGGAUUACCGGCCACCGCAUGGCUCACCGGCACCCAACUUUACCGUCCCGGCCCGGGCCUCCACCAUCAACUUCCAGGGGCUCCCGGGCACCAAAUACCACUUCAUGCUAUACUACUCUAAUGCUACCUUCGCUGAUCUGCUUACUUGGAAUCAGACGAUCAUUACUGCGCCGGAGCCGCCGACGAACCUGACGGUGUCGCUGUCGCGCAACAAGCAGGCUACCAUCGCCUGGGCGCCGCCCUCGCACGGAGAAUACACCGGCUUCCGCUUCAAGGUGAUCCCGCUGACGGAGCGGGCGGAGGGCGGAGCCCGCAACAUCACCGUGGAGGCGCCAGAGACGCCGGGCGCCGGUUGGACACACACGCUGAAGGAGCUGUCUCCCGGCGCCACCUACCAGCUGCACGCCUUUACGCUGCUGCACGACAAAGAGAGCGCGGCCUACGCCAGCCGGAACUUUACAACCAAGCCCAACACGCCGGGCAAGUUCAUCGUGUGGUUCCGCAAUGAGACCACGCUGCUGGUGCUGUGGCAGCCACCCUACCCGCCCGGCGCCUACACACACUAUAAGGUCUCAAUCGUACCACCCGACGCUCGGGAGUCCGAACUGUACGUAGAGAAAGAAGGCGAGCCGCCGGGGCCGGCGCAGGCCGCCUUCAAGGGCCUGGUGCCGGGCCGGCCGUACAACAUCUCCGUGCAGACCGUGUCCGAGCCGGAGAUCAGCGCGCCCACCACCGCGCAGUACCGCACCGUGCCGCUGCGGCCGCGCGACGUGCAGAUACCAGCGCGAUACGUCACGCCCACCAAGUUUAGGGUCACCUGGCUGCCGCCCAAGGAGGAGAGCGAGUUCGAGAAGUACCAAGUGUCGGUGUCGGGCGGCGGCGCGGCGCGGCGGCUGGCGCCGGUGCUGCGCGCGCGCAACGAGACGCCGGCCGUGAGCUUCGAGGGGCUGGAGCCCGGCGCGCACUACACCGUCACCGUCAAGACCAUGUCCGGCAAGGUCACCUCCUGGCCCGCGCCCACAGAGAUCACGCUCAAACCUCUGCCGGUUCAGGACUUGCAGUGGCGCUACCAAAACGAGACCGAUGGUGGCGGCAUCCUCGUGUGGUGGACGCCCGCCGAGGGCAGCACACAAGACGAAUAUAAGGUGUCGUACCACGAGGCCCACGGCUCCGGCGACAGCAGCACGCAGACGACGCCGGCCACCAACAUAACACUGGACACGGCGCAGCUGCUGCCGGGCCGCAACUACACGGUCGCAGUCACCGCCGUGUCGCGCGGCGUCGACAGCGCCGAGACCACCUUCAGCGCCGCCACGCGACCGCUGGCGCCCGUGGUGCGCACCUGGGGCGGCGCGGCGCGGCAGCUGUCGCUCGCGUGGAGCUCCGACGUGAACUCGCGGCAGGACCACUACGAGCUGCGGCACCGCCGCCGGCCCGAGCCCGGCGCGGACAUGAACGACCCCGAGUACACCUUUAAGACGAUUACGACGACGGAUACUAAUGCAACGUUGUCCGGACUGUUCCCGGGCGCCGUGUAUGAGGUGACGGUGGCGGCUGUGAGCCACGGGCUACGUAGCGAGCGGCACACCGUCUUCAAACCUGUUCGUCCUCUGCCUCCAACGUGGAUGGGCGUGGAGCGAGCCACAUCCAACUCUGUGGUGGUUCGCUGGCGCGGCCCCGGGCCUGGGUCCAAGCUCGGCGCCUUCCUGCUGCAGUACCGCACGCACUCCGAGCAGAAGUGGACCAAGCUGCCGCCGUUGCAGCCCGACAUCAACGAGGCUGAGGUUGUGGACAUGACUCACGGCGAGCGUUACACGAUCCAACUGGACACGCUGAGCGAGGCGGUGGCGGGCGACAGUGUGGACAGCGGCGAGCCGCGGGAGGCCGACCACACCGUCCGCCCCAACCCGGUGUCGAACGUGGCCGCCCUGGUGGACACGCGCAACAUGACGCUGGAGUGGCCGGUGCCCGCGGGCCGCGUGGAGCGCUACGGGCUCCGCUGGUGGCCGCGCCCCGACGAGGUCCCCGACGCCGUGCCAGCCGCGCGGAACUUGACGGCCGAGCCGGGCGUGAAGACUGUUAGAGCCCUGCUCGACGCCCUGGAACCGGGCGUGGGCUACACGUUAACCGUACACGCCGUGUCUUAUAACCUGACCAGUGAUCUCUUCACUAUGGAGACGAGGACCCGCCCGUUGAUCCAGUCGGAGAUGACGAUCGUGAACGAGCCUGAGGCCGACGUUGGCAACGACACGCUGCCUGCCAUCAGAGUUUUAUACACACUGACGCCGGCGACGGCUUCCCGCUUCGACUCGUACCGGUUCCGGCUGGAGGGCGGCCCCGGCGAGGCGCAGGAGCAGACGCGCGCCGCCGCCGCGCCCGCCGCGCGCGUCGAGUUCAAGCGCCUGGUGCCCGGCCGGCUCUACAACGUCACCAUGUGGACCGUGUCCGGCAACGUCACGUCACACCCCGUGCAGCGCCCGACGCGUCUCUACCCGCGUCCGGUGGCGUACCUGAAGCAGCUCGCAGUGGGCGCGCGCAACGUGACGCUGACGUGGCCCGAGCCCGCCGGCGACUACACGGACUUCGAGCUGCAGUACCUCACCGCCGAGGACACGCUGGAGGCGCGCUCCACCACCGGCACCGAGUACACCGUGCAGGACCUGCAGCCGCACACCAACUACGUGUUCACCAUCGAGGUGCGGUCGGGCACGCCGGCCACGCUGAUGACGCGCUCGGCCGGGCUGUCGGUGCAGCUGGCCACGCGGCAGGCGCCGCCGCCCGCGCCGCGCGCCUUCCACCCCACAGACGCCAAGCCCAACCAGCUCACCUUCUCCUGGGACCUGCCCGCCAACCAGGCCAAUGGCGUACUCGAGAAGUUCGUCAUCGAGUACGCCCCGCAGAACCAGCCGGAGAAAAACACUACUAUUACGUUCCCGCCUGAAGCCCGGUCGGGCGUGGUGGCGGGGCUGACGCCGGGCGGCACGUACAGCUUCCGGCUGUGGGCGGCCACCGGCGCAGGCGCAGGGCCGGCGGCGCGCUGGACGCAGCACCUCGCCAUCGCGGCGCCGCCCCGCCCCGCGCCGCACGCGCUGCCCGCCGCCGUGCGCGCCACGCCCACCACCGUCUCCGUGCGCUUCCGGAACGACUUCUUCAGCUCGGCCAACGGCAACGUGUCGGCGUACGCGCUGGUGGUCGCGCAGGAGCCGAGGAACGACUCCAGCGACCGCCUGCCGUCGUGGCGCGACGUGCACGGUCUGCCCGUGUGGCCGCCGUACCAGGUGACGGAGCCCUACUUCCCGUUCCACCACAGCUCGGUGGAGGAGUACACGAUCGGGUCGGAGCGGUGCGAGUCCAGCGGGCGCGCGUACUGCAACGGGCCGCUGCGGCCCGGCGCCGCCUACUACGUGAAGCUGCGCGCCUACACCGCGCCCGAUAAGUACACCGACACCGCCUACGCCGUCGUCUACACCGAGGUGGACAACACGGCGUGGAUCAUCGGCGUGUGCGCGGGUGCGGCGUGCGUGGCGGGCGCGGGCGCGGCGUGGGCGGCGCUGCGCCGGCGCCGCCCCCGCGCCGCGCCCGCGCCGCCCGCCGGGCCCGCCCCGCGCACCGCCCGCCCCGUGCCCGUCGCGGACUUCGUCGACCACUACCGGCUCAUGUCUGCCGACUCCGACUUUAGGUUCAGCGAAGAGUUCGAAGAGUUGAAGCACGUGGGGCGCGAGCAGCCCUGCACGGCGGCCGACCUGCCGGUGAACCGGCCCAAGAACCGGUUCACCAACAUCCUGCCCUACGACCACUCGCGCUACAAGCUGCAGCCCGUCGACGACGAGGAGGGCUCCGACUACAUCAACGCCAACUACGUGCCGGGUCAUUCAAGCCCGCGCGAGUUCAUAGUGACGCAGGGCCCGCUGCACUGCACGCGCGACGACUUCUGGCGCAUGGUGUGGGAGUCCGGCUCGCGCGCCAUCGUCAUGCUCACCAGAUGUGUGGAGAAGGGCCGCGAGAAAUGCGACCGCUACUGGCCGUACGACACCCGGCCGGUGUACUACGGCGACAUCGCCGUGACCGCGCUCAACGAGUCGCGCUUCCCCGACUGGACGAUCACUGAGCUGCUGGCCUCGCGCGGCGCCGAGCAGCGCGUCGUCAAGCACUUCCACUUCACCACGUGGCCCGACUUCGGCGUGCCCGACCCGCCCACCACGCUGGCCAGGUUCGUGCGGGCGUUCCGCGAGCGGUGUCCGCCGGACGCGCGGCCCGUGGUGGUGCACUGCUCGGCCGGCGUGGGCCGCUCGGGCACGUUCAUCACGCUGGACCGCGCGCUGCAGCAGCUGGCCGCGCGCGCCGACACGCUGGACAUCUUCGGCAUGGUCUACGCCAUGCGCCGCGAGCGCGUCUGGAUGGUGCAGACGGAGCAACAGUACAUCUGCAUCCACCAGUGCGUGGUGGCGGCGCUGGAGGGCGCGGACCUGCAGCCGCCGCUCGGCCUCAACCAUCACAUGCACCACAACCAGGCCUUCGAAGACGAUGAGGGCAUCGCAGAGUCCGGCAUGUGAGACGUCGCACUUAACUUAUAUACAUUCUCUCGUUAUAGUUAUGUAUAAGUCACAGCUGUUUAGCGUUAAGUUUUGUAUGCUUAUAUUUUUAUAUACGUCGUUCACGGAAUGAAAAGGACCAAUUUAUAAAUGAUUUGUAUAUAAGUAGCUAGGAGUGUACAGGCAGCAGCAGAAGCAACUAAGCGAGCUUGGUGUUCAAAAUAUUAUGCAAGACUACUCUCUCUUUCUCUGCCUCUCUUCUCUUAAGAAAAUUGACGUGUACAGAUAAUUUUGAGCACCUGGCCCACUUAGCUACUGCUUAGUCCGCAUUGUGUCUAUGUACCUUGAUGAAAUCAUGUAGAAUCUAGAUUAUUUUAAAAUAUUGACUUUUAAAUGUUAUUUAUUUUAUAUUAAAACGACAACGGCAUCUCAAAUGUGUACUUAAAUAUAAAUAUAGUCGUCUGCUCAGCGAUGUUUCUCAAAGGAAUAUUCGUAGUUGUUUAAGUCUAGUUGCAUGUACGUUUAUUAAAUUUGAAGGGUACACGGAAAGAACAUGUCUAAUCCAAAUUUUUGAAAAAUGAAGUUUUAAUUUCAAAAUGUUUAGCUCUCAAGGAACUAUUAGCUACAGCUUCUGUUACCUCUGUAAUCAUAAAUAUCAGUACUUCUUUUCUCACUUUAAAAACACCUAUACACAAAAAUAAUAUGGUUAAUUAUAGAUGGUCAAGCAAAUCUUGUCAGUAGAAAAAGGCGCGAAAUUUAAAUUUUUUAUGGGACGAUAUCCUUUCGCGCUUACAUUUUUAAAAUUUGCAGCCUUUUUCUACUGACAAGAUCUGCUUGACCCAGUAUAUGUACAUUGUUCCUAUCAAACCGCGAUAACUCAAAAUAUUGUCAGAGUGUCUAGACAUGUUCUAUCCGUGUACCCUUCAUUUCAUGCUGCAUUAAAAGGAACGUGUGUGCAACUAUAGGGUUACCACUAACUCAGGCGGUUAGUAAAGAACCUGCGCGGUGAUUUUCUAGUAGAUGUUACCUGAAUUUUGGGAUUACAACGAGUUGACCGAGCGUUAGCGAUGCCAAGCCAUACAUUUAUUCAGUUUUAAAUAAUGCUCGCGAGGUCUACAGCGCCUAGUUUAUAAGGUCUUACAUCUAAAGGCCCCAGUACACAAUGGGCCAUCGCCGGCCAUUCCAAGGGACGCAUUUAUGCCUUAGAGGGAGCAAGUGAUAUUGCUAUCUCAUUCUACCGCAUGGCUGCGUCCCUUGGAAUGGCCGGCAAUGGCCCAUUGUGUACUGGGGCCUUAAUACAAAUCGGCUUCAUCAGCCAAGUGGGUUAUUCCCACUAGUUACCACCAAGUUGUUACAAGUGGUAACUACUGGGAAUUAUUUUCCCACCUUUUAACCCUGGUAACUAAUGGGGAAAAAAAUCCCACCUUUUUCCAGUGGUAACUACUGGGAAAAAUAAUUCUCAGUAGUUACCACCAAACCGAGUAGGUGGUACCUAAUUUGAAUUAUUUUUCCCAGUAUAGUUCGUUUUUUUUAGCGUUGACGUGUCUUUUAAUCGAAAAACACAUUUUAAAAAUAAGUUACGGCAAAUAUGUAACAAAUAUGAAUCUAAUACAAUCAUUUAUAUUCUUCUGCUUUCAUAAGUAACUAGACGGGCCCGCAGCUCCGCUCGCGUAAAUGAAAUAAAGAGUUUGUCUUAUGUUUAGUUAAAUACCGAUAUUAUUAUGUAUUGAACCCUGCCAGGGUUUAUAACUUUGAUAGGGACUUCUUAUUUGUAACCGAUAUUUGGAUAACUUAAUUCGCAAAUUUCUCAAAAAAUCAUGUGAUUUGAUAAAAGGCAAGAUUGUAUUUUUUCAUCUACGUAGGUAUUUAUUUAAAACUUGUUUCAACAUAAAAUUAUGGGGUUGCAUUUGAAUUACGCAUUAUAGGGAGGGGGGAGGGAGUAGAACCCCCCCCCCCCCCCCUCGAACUAAUCCCCAAAGUUAGGAAAUCAAUAGUUACCACGAAAAUAUUUUUAUUUUUAUUUUUUGAGGUUAUGUUCAAUAAUACAACAAAAGCGUACGAAAGGAUAACCAAUUUGGAAUUUGGUAUACAUAUUUUUGAGCACUUUGUCCGUAUACACAUGAGCACUUUGUCCGUAUACAUGUUUUUGACCACUGUAUUUCUUUUUUGACAGCGAGUCGGGUGUGUUGUGAACGCAAGAUACCUAACACUCCUCCUCGCUUCGCUCGUCGUCGUACCUAACGGUGACUCUGGCAUUGUAUUUCGUUUUUGACAGCGAGUCAGGUGUGUUGUGAACGCAACUUCAAACACGUAUAAAAAACUACGCGUCUCCUAGACACAAAUCGGGUGUCAUUUGAAAGGGGUGACUAUAAAAUGCCACCCUUCCCCCCGCCCCUCCCUAUAAUGCGUGAUUCAAAUGCUAACCCAAAAUUAUUAUUUAUUUUUAUAAGCCCAAUUGCAAACACGUUCAUUAGAAUAAUUUCCGCCUUAAGACGAAUAUGCACGACCACCGCCCAUAAAUCGCAUUUUCAUACAAAUGUAAAUAGUCCCCAUCUCCCUGUCUGGAUAUUGACAUUACUUACGACGGCUACGGUGACACAACGACCGAAAAUGAGUCCUGGCUUCCGACACCAGAUCACACCAUGUUUCCCGGUCUUGCGAUAGCUCUCGCCAGUCGCCAUGGCCGAGGUUGAUCAGAUCUUGAGCAACCCUUGAGCUCCAAAAUAUCUGAGCAUGCACUUUAACUACAUUAUAAUUUACAUUGUUCAGAUAUUUGUGAAUACCUCAGCCGUUCCGAUAUAUCUGAUGGUGACUGUUCAGCAAGAAGAAAAAAUCCUACCUGGUCGAGUCGCAUCGUAUUACGCGAGAAAACAGUUCCCGAAUUGGUUAUAUCUGUAAAGUCAUUAAAGUAUAAUUAUCACACACACAUUAUUACGGGCACCAUCCCUUAAACUGAUGGGUUCUCUGGCCCAUCUCAGCAGCCCGUUCCCCGGACGAAUGGCAAUGUUUGCCGAAGCCGUGAAAGUCAAUCUGAAUAAUAUAACUCAAAAAGAAAUUUAAAACAAUAAAAUACAAAUUAUUAACACGAUAAUCAUACGAUAAUAUUAAUUUGAUGGAUAUGUCAUAAAUGGCAUAAGGCACUCGUAUGGGCUAUGGACUAAGGUUGAGGUUGGCAGCACUUUUUAUUUUACUUCGUGUAAAAAAACUCAGAAUUACCUGUAUACCAACAUGACAAACAUAAUUUAGGUUACUUUACCGUAAGUUAAAGUACCGUCCGGGGAACGGGCUGCCGAGAUAGGCCAGAUAUACAAAGUGGAUACGUUAAUAUGAAGUCCAUCAGUUCAAGGGAUGACUUUAGAGAUAGGUAUACUUAAUCAAUUUGGAAACUGUUUUCUCGCGUAAUACGAUACGACUCGACCAGGUAAGAUUUUUCUUCUUGCUGAAAGUCACCAUCAGAUAUAUCGGAGUGGAUGAGGUAUUCACAAAUAUCUGAAGUCUGAACAAUGUAAAUUAUAAUGUAACUUUAAAGUGCAUGUUCAGAUAUUUUUGAGCGACCUUGGUGGUUACGAUAUAUAUCUAAUGGCAACUACACAUUCAUGAAGCCAAUGUACAGUCAGUAUGAAAUAGAUCAGGCUAAAGUAGCCAAAUAUAUCGUAAUAUAACUUUGUUGCCAUAGAAAUAAGGAUGUGUUCCGAUAUAUUUGGGUAUUGGAGAGCGGCUUAGCUUCAGUGGCUCGGACACAGAUAGAAUGGGAGAGGAUCUUGCCGUGAAGAGAGCGUACUUGGGACAACGAAAUGGGAGACACCCGAUUGGACGUCCUAGAUACCGCAGAAACGACGUCAUUGCUCAAGACCUGCUCAACCUCGGCCAUAGCGACUGGCGAGAGCUAUCGCAAGACCGAGAAACAUGGCGUGAUCUGGUAUCGGAGCCCAGGACUCUUUUUGGAUCGUUGCGUCACCGUAGUAAGUAUUGUUAUGUCCAGAAAGGAAAAUGGGGACUACCUACGUUUGUAUAAAAAGGCGAUAUAUGGGCGGUGGUCGUCCGAAUUCGUCUUAAGGCGGAAAUUAAUCUAAUGAACAUUUUUGCUGACUGGACUGGGCUUAUAAAAAUAAAUAAUAAUUUUAAAAAAUACAAUCUUGCCAUCAUUUUAUCUUAUCAAAUGACAUCAUUUAUUGAGAAAUUUGCGAAUUAAUUUAUCCAAAUAACGGUUACAAAUAAGAAGUACCUAUCACAGAGUUAUGAACACUGGCAGGGUUGAAUAGGUACAUAAUAAUGUCGGUAAUUAACGAAACAUAAGACAAACUCUUUAUUUCAUUUACGCGAGCGGAGCCGCGGGCCCGCCUAGUUUUAUAUAUAUGAUAGUUACUGAUUUUUAAAAAGCGUUUUUCAAUAGGGAAUAUUAGGCAGAGCUCUGCGUAGGUGGCACAUACAGUAAACAAACCACAUUGACACAUCACGUCACGUCAAUCACAUGGCCUACCGCGAAACAAGAAAAUCGAAAUUUCGUUAUCUAAUCUCUCUAUCACUCUUGCAUAUUCGAGCGAUAAAGAGGCAGAUAACUAAAUUUCGAUUUUCGCGUUUACCGGUAGGCCCUUGUUAACAAACCGCCUUGAUGCAUCAAAGUCAUAUUUUAUUGUCUGUGAAAACUUGUCAAAAGACAGUUUAAUGCACAGUAUGUAUAAGUUAGUCUAUGAAUUUACUGAGUCGGUAGUGCUGCACUCUGGCGGCAGUACAUUGCAGUAAUAUCCCUUAUUAAAAGACAUGUCAAGAUCGCUUACCUUCUUUCAAGUUCUUUCUAAUGCUAAAAAAAAAACGAACUAUAGUUACUAGUGGUAAAAGGUGGGAAAAAAAUCCCAGUAGUUACCACUGGUACAAGCUUGGUGGUAACCAGUGGGAAUAACCCAGCCAAAUCUUCGACCAGUCCAUAGCUGACCAUAAUAAUUCUUACCAACCGCCUCAGUUAAAUGGUAGAGCUAUUUUGCAGCAUAUGCAGCAGCAGCUGACGCGUGGAGACCGUCCAUUACAUUAUAUUGUAACAUUAUUGAAUUAACUACUAAUCCUUCGGGCGUUCGGAACGCUCAGUUCUGUGUCUAACAUGGUUCUGACUAACGUCGAUUUAGGUACAAUUAACUUACAAUAAGCACUUGUGUAAUAAAUACACGUAUUUUUGUACUUA